AUGACAGCAUGGACAGAAGAAGAAUGCAGAAGCUUUGAACAUGCACUUCUGAUUUAUGGAAAAGACUUUCAUCUUAUACAGAAAAACAAGGUAAGAACCAGAACAGUUGCUGAGUGUGUGGCUUUCUAUUACAUGUGGAAAAAGUCAGAACGUUAUGAUUACUUUGCUCAGCAAACAAGAUUUGGAAAGAAGAGAUAUAACCAUCAUCCAGGAGUUACGGACUACAUGGAUCGUUUGGUAGAUGAAGCAGAAGCCCUUGGUGGAGCAGUGCAUUCUUCAGCCUUAUCAUCUAACAGUCGAACAGAAACCAUUCCUGAUCAACAGCUAAGCAUUCUGAACUCCAUCACUGCCAAUGAGCUGACAGCGUUGACAAAUAGUGUAGCUACGGUCUGCCACACUUCAGACGUGAACUGCCUGGAUGACACCUUUCCUCCUAUGGACAGCUUACCCCGAGCACCAGUUAAUCAUGUGCCUGUUGGAACAGAAGAAUUGCUUAACUUGCCUAGCAAUGGUGAAAGUGAUUGUUUUAAUUUAUUUGAGACUGGCUUUUAUCAUUCAGAGCUAAACCCAAUGAACAUGUGCAGUGAGGAGACAGAAAGACCUGCAAAGAGAUUGAAAAUGGGAAUUGCUGUUCCAGAAUCUUUCAUGAAUGAUGUCUCUGUCAAUAACCUUGGUGUGGACUUCGAGAACCACACACACCAUAUUACCAGUGCCAAAAUGGCUGUUUCAGUGGCUGACUUCAGCAGUCUGUCUGCAAAUGAGACAAAUGGUUUUAUCAAUACCCACACUCUUCACCAACAUGCUGCCCUUCACUCAGAAUGACUGUGGAAAACUAAAACAGUGGGUACUUUAUGCAGUAGUAGUAGUAAACUUGAUGGGAGCUAUCAGGUUUGCUUAGUCUUUCACUGGAAGUUUGAACUUUAUGACAUCAGUGAUGUCUUUGUAUGUAUAGAACUAUAUCUUGAUUUAUCAAGAGUAAUUUCUUUUUUCAGUCCAUAAAUGUGGAAAUGUCAUAGGAUGUCUGGCAGAGUUUGGGACUAAGAGAACUCUGCGGUGCAGCUUUAAGCUCUGCUUCAGUUUU